UGUCGCGAGAUAAAUGGUGAACGUAAUUUUCUAAUUAGUGGUUGUUUUACGGUCUACAUAUUUUUUCUAGUAAUGUAGUUUUGUAAAGUGCACGAUUUAGUAAAGUAUAUAACAGAUAGAAAAGGAUCGUCACUGUAAGAUGAUUGAUAACAUCGAAUCUCAAAGUACCAUCACAAAAACAUCAAAGGAGGACAUACCUUUAAUAACAAAGGCUCACAGAGAAUAUUCAUGGAGUUGUUGGUGUUCCAUCUUUCGAAGAUGUUGUGGCCCCAGGGAGCUGAGAUCUCGAAAUAUACUGUUGGGAAAACCCACCCCCGGUCAAUUUCCAGCAAACGCCGUGAGAAACCAGAAGUACAACAUAAUAACUUUCUUGCCUCUGGUUUUGUUCCAACAGUUUAAAUUUUUCUUAAAUCUUUAUUUCCUCAUAAUGGCGAUUAGUCAGUUUGUGCCCGAUAUUCGCAUCGGGUACUUGUAUACGUAUUGGGGUCCUCUAUGUUUUGUACUUCUGGUUACGAUAUCUAGAGAAGCAAUAGACGACUUGAGAAGGCACAAAAGAGACCAGGAGGUUAAUAACCAGAAAUGCAAAAGGUUAUUGAACGAUAGAAACAAGCCGUUUGAAAUUGUGGCUGCUCACAAAUUGAAGGUUGGUGAUUUGAUUAUUGUCGAUAAAGAUGAACGAGUACCUGCCGAUUUAGUAUUACUGAGAACCUCGGAAAGUAGUGGAGCCGUGUUUGUUAGAACAGACCAGUUGGACGGCGAGACUGACUGGAAACUGAGACUGGCUGUGCCGGCGACACAAAAACUGUCGACGGACCAUCAGCUGUUUGAAAUUAGCGCCAGCAUUUACGCCGAGAAGCCCCAGAAGGACAUUCAUUCUUUUAUUGGGACAUUUAGUCGGAUGGACUCUCUAAAUAACGACGAGAGCUUGGAUUUGGAAAACACCCUUUGGACUAAUUGCGUCAUCGCCUCCGGGCAGGCUACCGGCGUCGUCAUUUACACGGGGCCCGAGACAAGGUCCGUGAUGAAUAAUUCGGCGCCCAGAUCGAAAGUAGGUCUGUUGGACAUCGAGGUGAAUACGAUAACGAAACUGCUGUUCGCUGCCGUGAUCGGUUUGGCCCUGUUGAUGAUGGCCUUGAAGGGGUUCAGCGGCCCUUGGUACCGUUACAUGUUUAGGUUUAUCCUGUUGUUCUCUUACAUUAUUCCAAUUAGCUUGAGGGUGAAUUUGGACAUGGGCAAGUCCUUCUACUCCUGGUCGAUAGGAAAAGAUCCCGCGAUGAAGGGCACGACCGUGCGUUGCACGACCAUCCCCGAGGAGCUCGGCAGGAUCUCCUACCUGCUCUCCGACAAGACUGGCACGCUCACCCAGAAUUCCAUGGUACUGAAACGGCUGCAUUUGGGGACCGUCAGUUACGCCGCCGACAGUUUCGACGAGGUGAGUUUGGUGCUGAAGAGUUGCUUCGUCGCUACGGAGAGCUCCAGCGCCGGCGCGGCGAAGUUCAAACGUUCGGAAAAUACCAGGAUUAGGGACGCCGUACAGGCGUUGGCGCUGUGCCACAACGUCACGCCGGUGUACGAGAUUAAUGAGAAUUGUGAUACAGGUUCAAUUACUUCGGAAACGGAGGCCGACCAGCACCUGCAGAUGCCCGACAAAGCUGUGACUUACCAGGCCUCCAGUCCCGACGAGGUGGCCCUCGUCCAGUGGACUCAAGAUGUCGGCUUGACGCUGAGCCGCAGGGAUCUCUCCUCCAUGCAGCUGAGAGGACCCGACGGGCGGCUUCUGAACUACGCCAUCCUCCAGAUAUUCCCCUUCACCAGCGAGACUAAAAGGAUGGGAAUCAUCAUCAAGGAUCUGCACACGGGAGAGAUCUUGUUUUAUUUGAAAGGCGCCGACGUCGUUAUGUCCGCCAUCGUACAGUAUACGGAUUGGCUCGACGAAGAGGUCGGUAACAUGGCCAGAGACGGUCUGAGGACCUUAGUCGUGGCGAAGAAAGUCCUCACCGAAGAGCAGUAUUUGGACUUUGAGACUCGGUACAACGUCGCACGUUUAUCGACGACGGACAGGGUUGCGAGGGUGGCGCAGGUCGUCGAGUCCCUGGAAAGAGAAAUGGAGCUGCUGUGUAUAACCGGCGUCGAGGAUAAGUUGCAGGAUAACGUAAGGGCGACUUUGGAGUUGCUGAGGAACGCCGGCAUUAAGAUUUGGAUGUUGACCGGGGACAAACUCGAAACGGCUACGUGUAUCGCCAAAAGUUCCAGAUUGGUGUCCCGAGCACAAGGUCUUCAUGUAUUCAAGAAGGUCGUCACUCGCACAGACGCACACUUAGAGUUAAACGCGUACAGGAGGAAACAAGACUGCGCCCUGGUGAUAAGCGGCGAGAGCCUGGAGGUGUGCCUGUCUUACUACCAGCAGGAGUUCAUGGAACUCGCCACCGCCGCUCCGGCCGUGGUGUGCUGCCGCUGCUCCCCCACACAAAAGGCGCAAGUGGUACAAUUGAUCCAGAAACACACGGGAAAGAGAACGGCGGCCGUGGGCGACGGCGGCAACGACGUCAGCAUGAUCCAACAGGCCGACGCCGGGAUCGGUAUCGAGGGACGCGAAGGCAAGCAGGCCAGCUUGGCGGGGGAUUUCAGCAUUCCCCAAUUCUCGCACCUGGCCAGGCUGUUGUUGGUGCACGGGAGGAAGUCUUACAAGAGAUCGGCUUCGUUGGCGCAGUUCGUUAUACAUAGAGGUCUGAUUAUAUCUACUAUGCAGGCAGUGUUUAGCAGCGUCUUUUACCUCAGCUCUGUUGCAUUGUAUCAAGGGUUCCUCAUGGUGGGAUACGCGACUGUAUACACGAUGUUCCCGGUUUUCAGCUUAGUAUUAGACCAAGACGUCAGCCCUGAAAUAGCCCUUACCUACCCCGAACUGUACAAGGAAUUAGCCAAAGGGAGAAGUCUCUCCUUCAAAACUUUCUUCAUGUGGGUACUGAUAUCUAUAUAUCAAGGCGGCGUGAUAAUGUACGGGGCUCUUCUCCUAUUUGAAGACGAAUUUAUACACAUCGUAGCCAUCAGCUUCACUUCCCUCAUCUUGACCGAAUUAAUAAUGGUAGCUUUGAACAUUAGGACAUGGCACUAUCUCAUGGUUUUAGCCGAGCUGUUCUCCUUAGGCCUUUACGGCUUGUCACUGAUAGUUUUACACGACUAUUUUGACGCCGAGUUCAUUCGAACGAAGGACUUCUUCUGGAAGGUGCUUGUGAUCACUCUGAUAUCCUGCUUGCCGCUCUACAUCCUCAAGUUCCUGAGGAAGAAGUUCUCACCGCCCAGCUACAGCAAACUCUCUUAAACACUUCCCCGUGUGAUACUGUCGACUGUUUUUUUUUCCUCCAUGGUUUUCCCGACGGAGUUCCGACGCAUUACGCCUCCGGGCCUCACGCAAGGAAACGGGCAUGCGCUUGAAAUCUUCUUAGGACGUACCUCAGUCAGUGUUUCUAUCCCUAAUAGAGAAUAUAUUUUUCUGUGAACACGGUAAGUUACAAAAACACACAUAUCGGAGAUAUAUAUUUAUUUUAGGCCGAAGAUUUUUACAAAGAGCCGCAAAAAAAAAUUAUUUCUAACCCUUAAAAAUGGAUAUUUUUUUCAAACCACAUUCUUUUUAGUUUAAGUUUCUAGUUGGUCUAUCACUUAACGAGGGGGUGUAUAAACUUUUACUAAGUCAAUAAAAAAAAAAGAAUUAACUAGAAUUAAUGAUUUUAUUUAUUAUAUGUAUACAUAGAUGUUAGUAUAUU